AUGGUGUCUGCUUCCAAAGCUGCUCGUAUGGCCAAGCGUGGCGAUGACGGCAAGAAGAAGACCCUCAAGUCCAAGAAGGGUACCUCGACCCCCGGUGACGAGACCCCCAUGCUCGAUGGCGACGGAAACCCUUUGCCCGUCGAGGAUCAGCCUGCCACCUCCGCUGAGAAGCUGAAGGAGGUUGAGAAGCUGACCGCACAAAUGGACAAGCACGGUCUCUCGGACCGUGUCACCACUGGUGUCCUCUCCUCCCUGGAGUCCUCCCGCGACGUCAAGAUCACUUCCGCCUCCCUGGUGUUCCACGGCAAGGUCCUCAUCACCGACUCCACCCUUGAACUGAACUUCAGUCGCCGUUACGGUCUCUUGGGUGAGAACGGUUGCGGAAAGUCCACCCUUCUCAAGUCCAUCGCCACUCGCGAGUUCCCUAUCCCUGAGCACAUUGAUAUCUACCUGCUCAACGAGGGUGCUCCCCCCACCGACCUCGGUGCCCUUGAGUGGGUUGUUACUGAGGCUCAGAACCAGCUUGACCGCAUGGAGAAGCAGGCCGAGGAGAUCUUGGAGAAGGAGGGCCCUGACAGCCCUAUCCUCGAGGACCUUUACGACCGUAUGGACAAGAUGGAUCCCUCGACCUUCCACACCCGUGCCUCCCUGAUCCUGACGGGUCUUGGUUUCAACAAGCAGACCAUCCACAAGAAGACCAAGGACAUGUCCGGUGGUUGGCGUAUGCGUGUGGCCCUUGCCAAGGCCCUCUUCGUCAAGCCUUCUCUCCUCCUGCUGGACGACCCCACUGCUCACUUGGAUCUCGAGGCCUGUGUGUGGUUGGAAGAAUACCUGAAGAAGUGGGAGCGCACCCUGAUCCUGGUCUCCCACUCCAUGGAUUUCUUGAACGGUGUCUGUACCAACAUGAUCGAUAUGCGCAUGAAGCAGCUCCUUUACUAUGGUGGUAACUACGAUUCGUACCACAAGACCCGUGCCGAACAGGAGACGAACCAGAUGAAGGCCUACCACAAGCAGCAGGAAGAAAUUGCCCACAUCAAGAAGUUCAUCGCCUCCGCCGGUACUUACGCCAACUUGGUCCGUCAGGCCAAGUCCCGUCAGAAGAUUCUCGACAAGAUGGAGGCCGACGGUUUCAUCCAGCCCGUCAUUCCUGACCGUGUCUUCAGCUUCCGCUUCGCUGAUGUCGAGAAGCUCCCCCCUCCCGUCCUGUCCUUCGAUGAUGUCUCUUUCUCCUACUCUGGCAACUGGGAUGACACUCUGUACGAGCACCUUGACUUCGGUGUCGACAUGGACUCCCGUACUGCUCUGGUCGGACCCAACGGUGUCGGCAAGUCCACUCUGCUCCGUCUGAUGACCGGCAAGCUCAGCCCCAUCGGUGGUAGUGUCAGCCGUCACACCCACUUGAAGCUCGGCAUGUACAGCCAGCACUCCGCUGAACAGCUGGACCUGACCAAGUCUUCCUUGGAGUUCGUCCGUGACAAGUUCCCCGAGAAGUCCCAGGACUACCAGUACUGGCGCCAGCAGCUCGGCCGCUACGGUCUGAGCGGCGAGUCCCAGACUGCUCUGAUGGGCACUCUGUCUGAGGGUCAGAAGAGCCGUAUCGUUUUCGCUCUGUUGGCUAUUGAGUCGCCCAACAUGAUUCUCCUGGACGAGCCUACCAACGGUCUCGAUAUCCCCACCAUCGACAGUUUGGCCGAUGCCAUCAACGCCUAUAGCGGAGGUGUCGUGGUCGUCUCCCACGAUUUCCGUCUCCUCGACAAGAUCGCCAAGGACAUCAUGGUCUGCGAGCACAAGACCGUCACUCGCUGGGAUGGCACCAUCGGACAGUACAAGAACUACCUCCGCAAGAAGAUGAUCGACCAGGGUGCUGUCUAA